AAAAAAGGGACAUUUUAGAAAUCACAAAACCGCGUGUGAAGUGAAGUUUGGAUGGAUGCUCUAAAAAGCCGUUAUUAAGUUACCUUCCGUGCUUUUCCCGAUUUUCUUUCCCAUCCCGAUGGCGAUGGGGGUGCUCAGUCGGUGGAGCGUCGUUGUCCGAGGCAAGCCGCGAGGAGGCUGACGACCUCCCGAGGCCGCCACAGAGUGAGCUGCUCAUGAUGGAUGUCCCCCCUGGUAGGUCAAGAUAGCCAACGAUCUCCUCCUCUUCGCCCUUUCCCUUUUUCUUCUCUCCACCACUGCACUAGUGCUGUUUACAGCUGCGAUCGGUCGCUUCCUCGCUCCGACCUGCACGCCUUCGUUCUCGCUCCCUGCACGGUUCUUUGAUCGGAUCGAAGAUUUCAUCUAUCGUCAGGUGUCACGCUUCAAGGCGCCUGCAAUUUUCGGGGUUCUUGCAACCCUAACAGGAUGGCUUCGACGGAUGGGAAGGAUUGUUAUUUUUAUCGUCGAGGAAAUGAUUGCAUCAUUGCCGUUGAACUUUUCUGAUUAUUACACACUAAGACAAGAGAUUAGUUUUUAAUGAGACAGCAGACACCCAUGUUGCUGUGGGAUCAGGCGAUCAGCCAAUUGAAAUUUCAAGAGACAUUAUGGAAUAACGAACAAGUAAAGUCCAGUUUGUUAGUCUUAGUUACAGUUGGACUCCCCGCCCCCACCUUUUUUUGAAAAAAAAAAGCAAACAUUUUGCUGAUUUUAGGUUCUCUAAAACAAGGAUCCCAAGUGAUAUUGUUAUUGAAGUAGAGGGGCAACUAUUUCAUCUGCAUAAGUUCCCACUCAUGUCAAAAUGUGGGAAAAUUGCACGUGUUUUAGAAGGACUGCAAACUGUCAAAGAAAGCACACAUCAUAUGUUAUCAGGUUGUCCUGGAGGAGCUGUUACAUUUCUGAUAGUAGCCAAAUUCUGCUACGGAAUCAAGGUGGAAUUGUCGCCAAAGAACAUCAUAAUUAUAUAUUGUAUAGCCGAAUACCUUGAGAUGACAGAGGAACUUGAUGAAAAGAAUCUACUUCCAGAAGCAGAAAGUUUCUUUCAUAAGUCCAUUCUUCACAGCUGGAAAGACUGUAUUGUGGCUCUACAAAGCUUUGAUCCUUCUCUUUACCACGGCGAGUCUGGACAUAUUGUUGGUAAAUGUACUAAUGCUCUCUCAACGAUGAUAUGUACUGAUCAUAGUUUGUUUGGGUGGCCAAUGAUGCUAUAUGGAAGCUUGCAAAGUCCUGGUGGUAGUAUCCUAUGGAAUGGGAUACGUACAGGUGCCAGAAUUAGAAGCUCACAAUCUGACUGGUGGUGCGAAGAUAUCUCAAUGCUAGGUAUUUGGAUCUUCAAAAGACUGAUUAAAACAAUGCAGGAGCGACAUGUAAGAACCAUAAUUGUCACUGGUGCUCUGAUGCAUUAUGCUAAAAAACAAUUACCAGGCCUUGCUCGGUGGGAAAAGAAACAUGGUGGUAGAUAUCUUACAAGUCUUAAUUCAUCAGCAGAUGUAAUAAAUCACAAAGUGUUAAUUGAAAGCAUUGUUGACUUGCUUCCGCAAAAGAAGGGAAAGUCCUACUGUCGUUUUCUUUUAGGACUCCUAAGGUUUGCUGUAAUACUAAAAGUUAACCAGUCAUGCAAAGAAACUCUCCAGAGAAAUAUUGGCAUGCAACUUGAUUUGGUGACUCUUGAUUGUCUUUUAAUUCCAAACUUCUUAGAUUCUGACAAUCUGUAUGACACUGACUGUGUUGAACAGAUUAUUCAUUAUUUCUUGGAUUCACAAGAGUCUAGUAUGGGAACAUUUUCACCUCCCUCAUCUGAUUCUACUUUUACUAGAUCGACUUCUUCCUUGAACAGAGUCACACAGCUGAUUGACAGUUACAUUACUGAGGUUGCUCCUGAUAUCAAUCUAAGGCCUGAAAAGAUGCUUGCUCUUCUUCGAGCUCUUCCAAAAUCUUUGCGAAGCCAGUAUGAUGGAUUGUAUAGAGCGUUGGAUGUGUAUUUGAAGGAGCACCCUUCGCUGGUAGAGAAGGAUAAGAUGCUACUUUGCAGCACUAUAGAUUUUCGAAAACUCUCUACUGCUACAUGUGCACAUGCAUCACAGAAUGAACGAUUGCCACAUAGAAUCAUUUUACAGGUUCUAUUUUUUGAGCAGUUGCAGAUGCAAAUGGCUCUUUCUCAAUACCUUGAUGCUAUGGACACAGACAGCGUUGCUGCUGCAAAUAGCAUGGCUGGAAAUUUCCUGCGGAGAGGUGGGUGGGUUUCACUUGUUCGUGAAAAUAGAGUCCUCAAGGUUGACUUGGAAGCACUUGUGUCCAGGGUCGGAAGUUUGGAGCAGGAUCUAGCUAUCAUAAAACAACAAAUUAGACAGAUGGCAUAGUGCUUUGUCAACACUUGUUUUAUGUCCAUAAGACUUAACUUUAUGUGCCUGAAAGCAUGGUGGCUGUUAUUAUACGAAACAAAUACCUAUCUCCACACAGAUUGUAAGUCUGGACAACACCUAUAAAUUUGGUAAGGUAACGUGGAUAAUUGUAAAUCUCUCCUUUGGUCACUGGAGUACUUACCAUGGGUGGUUCUCUGUGCUA